GCGCUCUUCACUUGUUCUCAGUGCGUCAACUCGUCAGCUGUGAUUCAUUUCAGCUGUGAACGGCUCUAAUGCACGAAAACGUCCACUAACAAGUUCAGAGGAGCAGACCCUGGUCUCCCAUGUGCAGCGAGGAUCGAUGGACUGGACCAGUCUGACUUUUAAUCGUUUUAAAUAUUACUGCAUCCACUGCCUGUGUUAGUUCGGGGGGGUUGUAUGUUACUGCGGCCCCUAGUUUUGUUUAUGUCUCUUAGAAUCCGCUAAAUUAGCUGGAUUACCUGUGGACCCUGACAAGGAGCGUCCAGCCCACCGCCAUCAUGGCCUCUGCCACCUCCACCCCCGCUACCUCCAGCGGCCGCUCCAGCCGCUCCGCAGCCCGCCGCAGCGCAGCCGUCGGCCUGGCAACAUCCAGCACCAGCCCGACCUGCCUGUCCCGCAUCCAGGAGAAAGAUGAGCUUCGACACCUCAACGACCGCCUCGCCAACUACAUCCAGCGGGUCCAGGAGCUGGAGAGCGAACGGUCCUCCAUGCUGAUUCAGCUGGAGGAGAAGGAUGAAUCCAAAAGCCGGGAGAUGGGCAACGUGCGGCGGCUGUACGAAGAGGAGUUGGCGGAUGUCAGAAAGUCUCUGGACGUCCUGGCCGGAGAGAGGGCCCGUCUGCAGAUCGACUACGGGAAUCUCUGCGAGGAAUACAAGAAACUUCAGACCAGGAACCAGAAGAAGGAGAGUGAUCUGGCCAAUGCGUUGACCCAGUGGAGGAAGGUUGAGGUGACUCUCAGCUCUAAGGAUGCUGAAUGCACCAAGCUGCUGUCAGAGAACAGGAGACUGAAGGACGACCUUACUGACCUGCAGGGCCAGCUGGACAAUGUGGAGGGUGUACUGUCCGACGCCAAGAACCAGCUGAGCACCGAGAUCCUGAGGAGGGUGGACAUGGAGAACCAGGUGCAGACACUCAAAGAACAGCUCGAACUCCAGAGGAACAUCAGUGAGCAGGAGAUCCUGGAAAUCCGAAGCCGACACGAGAGCCGUCUAGUGGAGGUGGACUCAGGAAGACGGAGGGAGUUUGAGAGUAAACUGGCUGAGGGGAUGCAGCAGCUCCGCCAAGAGCACGAGUCUCAGCUGCAGCAGUACAAAGAAGAGAUCGACAAGACCUUCAGUUCAAAGUUACAGAAUGCCCAGCAGGCUGCACUGGAGAAGAAUGACGUUGUGUCAGCCACCAAAGACGAACUGGAAACCACUAAGCUCAGAGUGGAGACCCUCAGCUCCCAGCUCCAGCAGCACCAGAAAGAUAAAAUGGUUCUGGAGAGCCGCUUUCAGGAGCUGGAGAGGACUUUGGACAGGGAGCGGGAGGUUUGGCAGCAGAAACUCAAUCAGAAGGAGCAGGAGAUGCUGAACAUGAGGAGCCAGAUGUACAGCCAGUUAGAGGACUACGAGAACCUGCUGGAUGUCAAGCUCGCUCUGGACAUGGAGAUCAACGCCUACAGGAAGAUGCUGGAGGUGGAGGAGCAGAGAUUGCAGCUUUCACCCAGUCCCUCCCAGCGUGCGACCGUGUCUCGAACACACGAGCACAGCAGCCGCAAGCUCAGAGGGAAGAAACGGAAACACGAGGGAGCCUCUGGCAGCUCGCCCGCCUAUAAAAUGUCCAGUCGCGCGAUGGACCACGGCACUAUGAGCGUGGCAGAAGUCGACGUGGAGGGGAGAUACGUUAGACUGAAGAACAACUCUGAGACAGAGCAGUCACUGGGUGGUUGGGUGGUUCGGAGGACGUAUCCAGACUCUGCAGACAUCUCCUUCCACAUCCCCUCCUCCUGCGUCCUGGCUGGUGGGCAGACACUCACAAUCUGGGCAGCAGGUGCGGAGGUGGAGGCUGAUUCUGCUGACCUGAUUCUGCAGGGCCACAGGAGCUGGGGCCCCAUCUCUGAUGUAAGAGUAGUCCUCCUAAACUCCGACCAUGAGGAGAUGGCUGAGCGCAGGGUGUGCAUGCAGAGCAGAGGUGAUGAGGAAACCGAGCUGGAGUUCGAUGAAGAGUAUGUUGCAGGCAGUGACAUCCAGCAUUUUCGGAGACAGCCAAAGAGAAAGAAGAAGAAGUGUUGCUCUGUGUCUUGAGUGCAGAGCAGACAGUGUGCUGUACAGUAGGAUCUAUCCAAGGAGGCGAGCUGUGCCGUCAUGUGAUUGCGUGUCCAUCUCCUUCACAUCUGCCUGGAAAACCUAGACUGGCCUCUGAGUACAAACGUCUGCUGCUGUCCAGUUCCACUGUCUCAUACAGCAAACUCCACUCUCUGACAAACUACAGUAGGACACUGACAUGGUAGUUUGACUGUGAAGAGCUCAGACGCCUUAUAGCAACAGUAUCGACCUCAGUAUUCCUCACCUGUUUCAUCACUCUAACUGCACAAGCCCAGAUAUGAGCUUUGCCUUCAUUUGAUUUGAUCUAAUUUAAAUGAAUGUGUUCUGUGUGCGUGUGCGUGCGUGCGUGCGUGUGCGCAUGUGUGAAAUAAAACUGUUGGUAUAAUAAAGUUU